GUAACGAUUUUACCUAUAAACCGCCAAAAAAACCUGCACUUGCAUCCUCGUCGCCGGUGAAAUGCCAAAUACUUGCACUUCCCUCCUCCAUAUGCUCCGGGAAUGUAAGAACUUCCGGUUACUUCUACAAAUUCACGGCAGCUUGAUCGUCUCAGGUCGUAAACCUCAUAACCAGCUCAUAAACGCUUAUUCUCUCUUUCAAAGACCGGACCUUUCUCGCACAAUCUUUAAUUCAGUUCGAGACCCAGGUGUUGUCUUAUGGAAUUCCAUGAUCAGAGGAUACACGAGAGCCGGUUUACACAAAGAAGCUCUCGAAUUCUUCGGGUACAUGUCAGAGGAGAAAGGUAUUGAUCCAGACAAGUACACUUUCACUUUUGCUUUGAAGGCUUGUGCCGGAUCUAUGGACUUUGAGGAGGGUUUACGAAUUCAUGAUUUGAUUUCUGAGAUGGGUUUUGAGUCUGAUAUUUAUAUAGGAACUGCUUUAGUUGAAAUGUAUUGUAAAGCUGGUGACUUGGUUUCUGCAAGACAAGUGUUCGAUAAAAUGCCUGUGAAGGAUAUUGUUACUUGGAACACUAUGGUUUCCGGGUUGGCUCAAAAUGGAUGUUCUAGUGAAGCUUUGCGGUUGUUUCGUGAUAUGCAUUCGAGUUUUGUUGACAUUGAUCAUGUUAGUCUAUACAAUAUGAUCCCUGCGGUUUCGAAGCUAGAGAAGAAUGAUGUGUGCAGAUGUCUUCACGGACUUGUGAUUAAGAAAGGUUUUAAGUCUGCUUUCUCUAGUGGGCUGAUUGACAUGUAUUGCAAAUGCGCGGAUUUAUAUGCUGCUGAAUGCGUUUUUGAAGAAGUUUGGAGCAAGGAUGAGUCUUCGUGGGGCACAAUGAUGGCAGCUUAUGCACAUAAUUGGUUCUUUGAGGAGGUGUUGGAGUUGUUUGACCUUAUGAGAAACUAUGAUGUUAGAAUGAAUAAGGUAGCUGCAGCAAGUGCUCUUCAAGCUGCUGCAUAUGUAGGGGAUUUAGUGAAGGGGAUUGCAAUUCAUGAAUACGCAGUGCAACAACGAGUGAUGAGUGAUAUCUCGGUUGCAACUUCUCUUAUGAAUAUGUAUUCCAAAUGUGGUGAGCUGGAGAUAGCAGAACAACUGUUCAAAAAUAUUAGAGAUAGAGAUGUUGUUUCUUGGUCUGCCAUGAUUGCGUCGUUUGAGCAAGCAGGGCAACACGAUGAGGCUCUCUCUUUGUUUAGAGAUAUGAUGAGAACACAUGUCAAGCCUAAUGCUGUAACUUUGACAAGUGUGCUACAAGGGUGUGCAGGAGUAGCCGCCUCUAGAUUGGGUAAGAGCAUACAUUGUUAUGCUAUAAAGGCUGAUAUUGAGUCUGAGUUGGAAACUGCCACAGCUGUUAUUUCAAUGUAUGCUAAAUGUGGUCUCUUUUCUCCCGCGCUCAAAGCUUUUGAAAGACUGCCAAUUAAAGAUGCCGUAGCAUUCAACGCUCUAGCACAAGGGUAUACUCAGAUUGGUGAUGCCAGUAAAACAUUUGAUGUGUACAAGAACAUGAAGUUACAUGGCGUAUGCCCAGACUCAGGGACUAUGGUUGGUAUGCUUCAAACUUGUGCACUCUGUAGUGACUAUGCUCGAGGUUCUUGUGUUUAUGGGCAAAUUAUAAAGAAUGGGUUCGAUUCAGAAUGUCACGUGACACAUGCUCUUAUUGAUAUGUUCACCAAAUGUGAUUCCCUUGCUGCAGCAAAAUCCUUGUUUGACAAGUGUGGAUUCGAGAAAAGUACUAUAUCUUGGAAUAUAAUGAUGAAUGGGUACUUACUCCAUGGCCAGGCUGAAGAAACUAUUGCCACUUUUCGUCAGAUGAAGGUUGAGAAAUUUCAGCCAAAUGCAGUCACUUUUGUUAACAUCGUACGCGCAGCAGCAGAAUUAGCAGUCUUGAGAGUAGGAAUGUCGGUUCAUUCCAGUCUCAUCCGGUUUGGAUUUUGUUCCCACACGCCCGCAGGAAACAGCCUAGUUGACAUGUAUGCGAAAUGUGGAAUGAUAGAAUCUUCCGAGAGAUGCUUUAUCGAGAUAAGCAACAAAGACAUGAUUUCAUGGAACACUAUGCUAUCCGCUUACGCAGCCCACGGUCUAGCAAGCUGUGCGGUCUCACUCUUCUUGUCUAUGCAAGAAAACGAACUCAAACCAGACUCUGUUUCCUUUCUCAGUAUUCUUUCAGCUUGUAGACACGUGGGGUUAGUUGAAGAAGGAAAACAAAUGUUCAAGGAAAUGGAAGAGACACACAAGAUCGACGCAGAAGUUGAACAUUACGCGUGUAUGGUAGAUCUAUUAGGGAAGGCCGGUUUGUUUGAUGAAGCUGUGGAAAUGGUGAGAAGAAUGCGAGUGAAAGCAAGUGUAGGAGUAUGGGGAGCUUUAUUAAAUUCUUCAAGAAUGCAUUCUAAUUUGUGGUUAAGUAAUGCUGCAUUGUGUCAGCUUGUUAAGCUUGAGCCACUAAAUCCUUCUCAUUAUGGUCAAGAUCAGAGAUUAGGAGAGGCUAAUAAUCUAUCAAGAAUUAAGAAAGUUCCUGCUUGUAAGGCGAUAAUGGUGAGGGCUAGCGUCUUAAACGAUUGUCUUAAGAGCAUGAGUAAUGCAGAGAAACGAGGGAAACGCCAAGUCAUGAUAAAACCCUCUUCUAAAGUGAUCAUUAAGUUUCUCACUGUGAUGCAAAAGCAUGGUUACAUUGCAGAGUUUGAAUAUGUGGAUGAUCACAGAUCCGGUAAGAUUGUGGUUGAGCUUAAUGGAAGGCUUAACAACUGCGGUGUUAUUAGUCCUCGAUAUGAUGUUGGCGUCAAGGAAAUUGAAGGUUGGACUGCUAAAUUGCUCCCUUCAAGACAGUUUGGGUACAUUGUCCUGACAACAUCAGCUGGAAUCAUGGACCAUGAAGAGGCUAGGAAGAAAAAUGUUGGGGAGCCUUGUUACUCUUUUGCUUAUUAUUACUCUUUUGGUGUUAUGGCCGGUCCCAAGUGGUAUCAUUGAUUGCUGAAUGGAUUAUAAUCUUUGUAUACAUACAAUUUGUAUCUCUAAUUGACCGGCCUUGGUCUGGUGAUAAGGAGAUAAAGUGUAAACUCUAGU